AUUUCUUUAAAAAAUUAUGUUAAUUUUUAGAAAGUUAUUUCCUCAAUGGUUUUUUAUAAUAAAAUAGCUUCUAAAUUGCUAAUAAAACAUAAAUUUAUUAAAAAUAUAUCAAAAGGCUUUUCUUUUAAAAGUCUAGCUCCAGAAGGUACAGUUUUAAAAGGAAUCAAUAUUUAUAAAGAAAAAAUGGAUCCUAUAGCACUUAAAGAAUCGGAAUACCCGGAUUGGUUAUGGAAAAUUUUAGAUGAUUCAAAAACUUUUGAUGAAAAGAUAGAAAAGAAAAAAAAAAUUAGUAAAGACAAUAAAGAAAAAAUCAAAACCAAUAAUUUUCUAAGAAGCAGGCUUUGAAGAUAUAAUAAGGAUGUUUAAAAUAUAUACUUUACUUAAAUGAAAAUCUAAUUUUUAUAAAUCAUUAUAAAUA